AUUUUGGGGGUGCGUGUACGUCGACGACGACGGCGACUUAGUGGCCGCGCGUCGCAGCUCGGCGCGCGCUGUUCGGCCGUUCGGCGUGCCCAGACCGCGUCCGCUCGCGGGUCUCCGGCCAGCGCGGGGCCCGCCGACCGGGGGCGCGCCGCGACGACAGGAGGAAAGCGGCGCGGCGCGGCACCGCUCUAGUAAAACCAUGUCGGGCGGCGGCGACGCGUCGGAGCAGCUGACGCCGGCGGACGGCCGCAAGUACUGGGUGCGGCUCGCCAUCUCCUUCUUCGGCAUCAUGUUCUCCUUCAUCCUCUACGGCAUCGCCAUGGAGUACGCGACGACGGGCGGCCGAAAGCUCCACGAGCUCAGCCUCAUCCUCGUGACGUCGACGCUCUACACGACGACGGCCUACGUGGGCAAGACGCUGCGGGGCGAGCAGCCGACGACGGUGCCGACCUACAAGCUCUUCUUCGUCGCCAUGCUGUCCAUGGGCUCGACGUUCUUCUCGGUUCGGAGCCUCCGCUACGUCAUCUUCCCCGUGCAGGUGCUGGCCAAGUCCUGCAAGCCCAUCCCCGUCAUGAUCAUGGGCGCCUUCCUCGGCAAGCGCUACCCCCUCAAGAAGUACGUCAACGUCCUCGUCAUCACCGCGGGCGUGUGCCUCUUCAUGCUCGGCGGCUCCGCCACCAAACCCGGCGACGACGAGAAGGGCGGCAUGACCAUGAUCAUCGGCUGCGUCAUGCUCUUCGUGUCCCUGAGCUUCGACGGCGCGACGGGCGCCUACGAGGACAAGAUCAUGUCCAACGACCACGUCGGCCCCUUUGAAUUGAUGUUCAACAUCCAGCUCGGGAAGGCGAUCCUCGCGUUCCUCGGGCUCGUCAUGCUCAACGAGAUCGACUACUUCUUCACCAUGGUCCAGGAGACGGGGCCCAUCCUGCUCGUGCUGGGCCUCACGGGCGCCAUGGGCCAGGUCUUCAUCUUCGUGACGAUCGCGCAGUUCGGCGCGCUGAUGUGCUCGCUCAUCGGCCUCGGGCGCAAGAUCACGACGCUCAUCGCGUCGAUCAUCAUCUACCAGCACCCCGUGUCGAACCAGCAGGGGGUGGGGCUCGUGCUCGCCGUCGGCGCCAUGGUCUACAACUUCGCGGACAAGGGCGGCAAGAAGAAGAAGCCGGCCGUCGAGUCGCGCGACGUCGAGGACGCGGGGUCCAAGGAGCUCAAAACGCUGCUCAAGGACGGCGACGCCGCCGACGACGACGACGACGACGAGUUCGCCGACGCGCCCGCGCCCGCGGAGGCCGCGCGAUAG